AUGAAUACCAAGUAUCUCAAGUUUUGUUAUGUGUUAAUAACUUGGCUGUUACCCUUAGCAAUAGCAAACUCAUAUCACCUUAAACAGAUUCCAGCUAUAUAUGUUUUUGGUGAUUCUCUUGUUGACAGUGGUAACAACAAUUAUCUUCCAAUAAAAUCAAAUGCAAAAUUUCUUCCUUAUGGUAUAGAUUUUGGUGCUAAACCUACCGGUCGAUAUAGUAAUGGAAAAACUUUGGUUGAUUACUUAGCUAUACACCUAGGGCUACCAUUGGUUCCACCCUAUUUGGGACUUUUAAAGACUCAAAAAAACAAGAUCACUACAGGCAUAAAUUUUGCAUCGGCUGGUUCUGGUAUUCUUCCCGAAACCAACAAUAAUACUUUGACUCUAGACAAACAGAUAAAGUUAUUGAGAAAGGUUAUAAAGAAUAAUUUGCCAAAUAUUUUUGAUGAAAAAGAAAAAUUAGAGAAACAUCUAUCUGAAUCCUUGUUUGUUGUCUCUACUGGUGUGAAUGAUCACUUCCAUAAUGGAUUCUUUGGUGGCUCUAGUAAAUUUGCCUCCUAUCUGCUAAAACAAUUUUCGAUACGCUUGCAGAAAAUUUACAGCCUAGGAGGUAGAAGAUUUUUUAUUAAUAAUAUUGCUCCGGCAGGGUGCUUUCCGUCAAUUGUUGCAAGAUCAAGACCAAGAGGAGAAUGUAAUGAGAAAAUGAACAAGGCAAUAUCCUCUUACAAUAAGCUUUUGCCUAACGCCCUUGGAAAAUUACAGGCUAAACUUGGUGGUUUCACCUUUAUUCAUUCGAAUCUCUAUGGAUCCCUUAUGGAUUUAAAAGAAAAUGGAUACAAAUAUGGGAUAUUAGAAACAUGGAAACCUUGCUGUCCAAGUAAUGUUUAUGGUGAUAUCAGAUGCCAUGCUUAUAAUGUUACGUGUCCAAACAGAAACACUUAUGUGUUCUUUGAUGACCAUCCGUCUCAAAUUUCGAAUCAGAUAUACGCAACGCAUUGCUUCAAAGAAAAGACAAUAUGCAAAUCAUCUCCCUCUGAAUUUCUAUAA